GGCUCGGCCGAGUCACUGGUUGAGUUACCCACCAAUGGAAAUGUUUCCAGAAAGAACGCAAUGAUUGGGCGGCCUAUAAUUAGUAUAACGGCGAAUUAAUUACGAUUUUACAAUUUAUUUUACUGAAAAGGAAGAAAAAUAAAACCCCCCAAAAUUUAUGUUUCUCUCUCUCUUUUCUCUCUUAUCAUUAUUAUUAUUAUUUCUAUAAUUUGUGUGGAUACAGUCUUCGAAGCUGUGUUCUGCCGUUUUUCUGCUGCCUCCUCUGCUCUGCCCUUUGUUCCUCCUCCUCCUCCUUCUUCUCCGCUUCCCCAUACGAGUACGAUCUGAACUGAUUUCUUCAAAAAGCUGCUCAAUCUUCGUUCUUUCAUUACCGCUUUGAUUCCUUGUACUUGUUCUGCUGCCUCAUUUCUCCGCUUCUUCCUCCUUCUGUUUUCUCAUUUGAUUUUUUCUGCUGAUUCCAUGGGCUCUGCUCUACGAGCAUUUUCUCUGUAGCUUUCGUUUUGCGAGUGUAGAUGCGUGUGGAGUGCUUUGUUGAUUGAGGUUUUUGGGGAUUUCUGUGCAGCGAGGGAGCUUGCUGUGAAUUUGAGUCUUGCGUGGCUGAGAGUUUGGUUUUUGGUGGUGACGCCGGGCCUUGAGGCUCGGAGAUCCACACCAUGGGCGCGGAGACUGACCAACAAAGCUGGAUUCAUGACAAACCCGAUCCCAAUUCUCACUGCUUGCAGAAAUUCAGGCUAUACGAGACUCGUUCGAACUUUUAUAUGAUUGGAAGAGACAAGAACCGAACCUUCUGGAGGGUGUUAAAGAUCAGCAGACUGGAACCUAGCGAUCUAAACAUUCUUGAAGAUUCUACAACAUACACAGAUAAUGAGUGCUUUGACUUGCUGAAGCGGAUUCAUGAAGGAAACAAGUUGACGGGUGGGCUUAAAUUUGUGACCACUUGUUACGGAAUUGUUGGUAUCAUCAAAUUUUUAGGGCCUCAUUACAUGUUACUGAUAACAAGGAGAAGAAAGAUUGGUACCAUUUGCGGCCAUGCAAUUUAUGCAAUUACGAAGAGCGAAAUGAUUCCAAUUCCAAAUGCUACUGCACGGUCCAAUUUGGCUAUUUCUAAGGAUGAAAACAGAUACAAGAAGCUGUUACGCACAGUGGAUCUUAGGAAAGACUUCUUUUUCAGCUACUCAUACAAUGUCAUGCGUUGCCUUCAAAAGAACAUUUGUGAUAAUAAGACAGGACAUUUACUUUAUGAUACAAUGUUUGUCUGGAACGAGUUUUUAACUCGUGGAAUCCGGAACAUUCUCAAGAAUACCAUGUGGACUGUUGCCUUAGUGUAUGGUUUCUUUAAACAGGUCGAUCUUUCUUUGUCUGGCAGGGAUUUCAAAUUGACACUCAUUGCUAGACGAUCCCGUCAUUAUGCUGGCACAAGAUUUCUAAAAAGAGGUGUUAACGAGAAGGGAAGAGUAGCUAAUGAUGUUGAGACAGAACAGAUUGUUUUUGAAGAUGAUUCUGAUGGGCGACCAACUCAAAUAAGUUCAGUGGUGCAGAAUCGGGGUUCGAUCCCCCUAUUUUGGUCCCAGGAAACCUCACGGCUGAAUAUUAGACCUGAUAUCAUAUGUAAGAUCAUAGUCAUACCUUGUUUAUGUUGUAUUCUUUUAUUGGUAACUUCUCUAAUCUCUCGCUUCAAUUUCUUUCUUCUUCCAGUGUCAAAGAAGGACCAUAAUUACGACGCCACAAGACUACAUUUUGAGAAUCUUGUUACGAGAUAUGGGAAUCCUAUAAUUAUAUUGAAUUUGAUUAAGACGCGUGAGAAAAAGCCACGAGAAGGCAUCCUCCGUGCUGAGUUUGCAAAUGCUAUAAGAUGUAUAAAUAAAAGUUUAUCCACAGAGAGCCGCCUAAGAUUUCUCCAUUGGGAUUUGAACAAACAUGCUAAAAGCAAAGCUUCCAAUGUUUUGAUGCAGCUUGGAAGGGUUGCUACAUAUGCAUUGAACUUAACUGGCAUCUUCUACUGUCAAAUAGCGUCCAAUUUAAGCUCAGAGGAGUUGUUAAGCUGGACCUGCUUUAAGAAAAAUGAGGGUACUGAUUCUUCCAUGGAGAAUAUGUCUACAGAAGAAGAAAAUGAAGAAAAUCCGGAAAAAGAUGUUAGUAAUAGGGCGUAUGCUAAUAGUAUACUUGAAAAUCAUCCAGUUGCAACGUUUCAGAACGGUGUCCUAAGGACCAAUUGUAUAGAUUGUUUAGACCGGACGAAUGUUGCCCAAUAUGCCUAUGGGCUAGUUGCUUUAGGACGUCAAUUGCACACUUUAGGGUUUACUGAUUCCCCAAAAAUGGAUCUGGACAACCCUUUGGCGGAGGAUCUGAUGCGGGCCUACGAGAACAUGGGCGACACCCUCGCACUACAAUAUGGCGGCUCUGCCGCACAUAAUAAGAUAUUUUCUGAGAGGAGAGGUCAAUGGAAAGCUGCAACUCAGUCCCAGGAGUUUUUCAGAACACUGCAACGUUAUUGCAGCAACGCGUACCUCGAUGCUGAGAAGCAACGUGCCAUUAAUGUGUUCUUAGGUUACUAUCAGCCACAGCAGGGAAAGCCAGCAUUGUGGGAAUUAGACUCUGACCAACAUUAUGAUCUUGGGAAGCGCUCUCCUGAUCUUAUUGAUGAGAAUUUCAGGACAUCUUUUAAAAGAUCACUAUCAGAUGGCAAUAUACUUGGCCAGAGUGAGGAGUCUGAUAUGGUGAACAUACACGACGGAAGCCGCGGACCGUUUCCGCAUUUGAACGAAGGAUGUAAUAAAGGUUUCUCAGAGUCUGCACCUGAGGUCUCAACUUGCGAAUCUGAUAUAUCUCUUUGCAGGUACACUCCCUCUAUGUGUAGCAGGCCACUUCAUGGAAACAUGCAGGAUGACCAAAUGCUUGAAGAUGAUCAUAUUUGUCAUGAUGAACAUGGGGAUUCAUGCAGCUGCUCUAAUUUUCUGGAUAUGGAUUGGAUUUCUUCAUCUGGGAAUUCUUGUGAAGAUGAGUUAUGUGCAAGGUCUAUCACCAGUCUUUCAUCGGAAAAUGUUGCGAGUGAGAUUAAGAUUGAUUUUAUCUCAUCUGCAAGUGAGUCUGGAUCAAGCUCAAAGGUAAAAGAUAGGUCUGGAACUGACCUUAGUCGUGACGAUAUUGUCUCCGAUUACUCCGAUCACUUCGUCGACUGGGUCAGCCACGGUGGGAUGCUCUUCUGGUGAAGCUUACUCAAAGUUACUAAUCAACAUUGACUUCUUUCAUCUGAUUAACUACAUCCGAAGGAUGUAGCUUCUGUAGCCAAAAGUGAAAAGAUGACACUACAUGGGACAGCUCGAGGCGGUAAAUAAAGGACGGUAAGAUAUCUGUGGAGAGAGAGAGAGAGAGGGAGAGAGGGAGAGAUCAAUAGUUGCUAUUGUGCAGAAAUUUUUGUUGGAGUUUAAUCUCAGGUGAUCUGUGAGUAGCAGCCAUUUUCUGACUGUAGACCUCUGCCAUAAGAGGCAAAAGAAAGCAGGAAGUAGAAGAAUGAAUAAGUAUCAAGCGCUAACUCUGUGGAGCCACACAAAAAAUAACUCCAGGUUCUUAAUUCUCAUAGUUUUCACAUUGUAAAUAUGUUUAGGGAUAUAUAUAUUUUCCAUUGGAUCUCCAAAUUAACAGUUGCAGAUAUAGGAGUGAGUCUCUUUCAUCUCCCUAUUUGUGAAUUAUUGUUGACAAAUAUCAUAUAUAAAUCUGUGAAAAAAUAAGGUAGUUUUUCUUC